UAAACCCCCGCGGUUUCGGUGCCCCACGUCUCGCUCCUCUCUCCGUCUGUCAAAUCCUAGUUAUCGACGAAGGCGAUGUUAUCGGCUCUCCGGCGAGCACCGAUCCAGCGGCGCAUCCUUGCCGCCGUGUUCUGCGGCGGCGCGGGGGGAGCGUCCGGCUGCGAGAAGGGAGGGGGUCCGGCCGGCGGCCCCACCGGGGCCCUCGGGAAGGCGGCGGUCGGGAUCCUGGCUGCCGGAGGGUCUGGCCUGGCCCUCUGGAUGUUCCCUUCUUCCUCUUUCGCUGACUCCGCGUCGGAGCGGAGUGAUCCCAAGCAUCAUCAGAUCGCGUUUCGGGAUCCAAAGCAAGGGAAGAAAUUUAAAUUUCUCCUUGGAGAUUCAUAUCGCAGAAGGGUGUUUUUUAACUAUGAGAGACGGAUAAGGAUGCUAAGUCCUCCUGAAAAGAUUUUUGAAUACUUUGCAUCUGUCCGGAGCCCAGAAGGGGAAGUAUUUAUGUUACCCACAGAUUUGAUGAGAGCAACCAUACCUGUAUUUCCUCCAUCAGAAUCAAAUAUUAUUAGAGAAGGACAUCUUCGAGGGGAGCAUCAUCCUAGCGAGUUGCACUGUGCUCCAUCUCCCUUUUUCAUGCUUUUUGAUACUAAUAAUGAUGGACUUAUAUCCUUCCCAGAGUAUAUCUUUUUUGUGACAUUGCUUAGCAUUCCUAUAUCAAGCUUUAGUGUGGCUUUUAAAAUGUUUGAUCUCGAUAGUAAUGGAGAGAUAGAAAGAGAAGAGUUUAAGAAAGUGAUGGCAUUGAUGCGUUCAUAUAAUAGACAAGGAGCCAGUCAUAGGGAUGGACACCGUAUUGGUCUGAAAGUUGGUGGAUCUGUAGAAAAUGGGGGUCUAGUGGAGUAUUUCUUUGGCAAGGAUGGAAAGGGACGCCUCCAACAUGAUAAAUUUGUUCAUUUUCUAAGGGAGUUGCAUGAUGAGAUCGUGCGCUUGGAGUUUGCUCAUUAUGACUUCAAGUCGAGAGGAACCAUUUCUGCCAAGGAUUUUGCAUUGUCUAUGGUAGCUUGUGCUGAUGUGAACCAUAUAAACAAGUUUCUUGAUAGAGUAGAUGAAUUGAACGGUAACCCACACCUCCGAGAUAUGCGCAUUACCUUUGAGGAAUUUAAGACCUUUGUGGAGCUUUGUAACAGAUUACAAGCAUUGACUUUAGCAAUAUUCGGUUUUGGCAAAGUAAAUGGUUUGUUGACAAAGCAAGAUUUUAAAAGAGCAGCAUCCCAUGUCUGCGGUGUCUCUGUGACUGACAAUGUUGUUGAUGUCAUUUUCCAUGUAUUUGAUGCAAAUUUUGAUGGAAAAUUAAGCUCAGAGGAGUUUCUAAGAGCAUUACAAAAGCGGGAAAGUGCCAUUCGCCAGCCAACCGCAACAGGUCUUACAGGGCUGUUGUCUUGCUGGUUGAAUUGCAAAAGGAGUUGUUCUGUACCUCAAAUCUCUAUGUAGAUCAUGGUGCAGUCUGCUGUUACACCAAGCUGGAUUCACUAAAGUAGGAGGGUCUCACUUAUUACAGUAAUGUGGUUGGAUUAGGAGGAUGGUUUGGUUGAUAACCCGUAUCAAGGGCCGGGAGAUGCUUAUAAUGUUGGAUGCCAGAAGUCAUGAGGAACCUCUUUGGCAGUUGGCACCACCACAAGGGCAUGCCUGCUCGAGUUCAGAUCCUCUGGCUGUACACGUUUUGCACGGCAGAGGGCUGUAACCUGGCGAGCCAUCAAGCCAUCUAUUUUGGAACUGGAUGGCUAUUGCUUACCUCAGGAAUGGAAGGCACCAUGUCGGGUGCCAAACAUGGUCGGUUGUGUUCAUUUUCGAGAUGGAUGAUGUAAUGGCUUUUCAGACAAUCUUUUAUGGUGCAAGACAUCCACUGUAGAGGAAUCUGACUCAUGCCUGCUCUUUUGUAAAUAUUACUUAUGUGGGUGGUUGUAGCUCUCAAUUUUAUGCAUGUAUGAACUUUUUGUAAAUUAUUUGUUAUUCAAUGCUAAAAGAAAAAAAAGUUGGAGAAA